AUGUCAGAAAGAAAACUGGUGGUUGCUUAUAAUCUGUACGAGAUCAAUAUGGAAAAGAGCAUCCAACUUGUUCCAAAGCAGAAAGAGUUAUCUAUAAUACCAUACAUAGAUAUGACAUCAAAACUUAUUCCUGUGUUGGAAACGAAACUAAUGCUGGUUCAUAAUCUGAAUGUUGAAAACAUUCCAAAGAGCAAUAUGAAGGACGAAGAUGACAUUAACAAUGAUGACAUCGUGGGAUCGAAGGAUACCCAAGAAGAUGAGUUGGACGACAUUGAAGUGCAGGAGCAUGACGAACAUCACAUCCUUCAGAAUAUGAAAGACGAAGAUGACAUUGACAAUGACAUCAUGGGAUCGAAGGAUACCCAAGAAGAUGAGUUGGACGACAUUGAAAUAUUGGAGCGUGAGGACCUUUCGGAUGAUUCUGAGGACGAGUCAUGCCAUUCGAAGGAAAAGAACAAAUCUGAGCCACGUGUGUCUAUAGAUCCUUCGGAGCCGUUGACAGCAGCCUACAUGAGCCAGACAUUAUUUAAUAAUCUCAACAUUGUUCUGUACGUGAAGAUAAACGUUCUGAUGCAUCAACCGACUAUCGUAAGAACAGCCAAACAAAUUGGCCUUCUCGAUGUUCAUCCCGAUACGUCGUUGGUCGGAGUAAUGGGAUCCAGGAAUUUUAUAUCACUGUUGCAUCAGAUUUACAAAAAACUGCAGGAAUACAAUUACGUUGGAAAAAACGAUUUGUUUGAACUGAUUGAUGUGCCGAGUUAUAUGAAUGAAGGACAUUGCUCCGAUGAUCUUGAUGAAGAUGAUACGGACUCGUCCGAAGAUACAUCUCGAUCAGAUUGUCUGUUUAAAGAGCCAAAGUCACAGGAUGAAGAGGCUGCAAAAGAAGCAGCAAGCGUUGUGGCUGAUGUUGUCAAAGAUGUCAUUGAUGAAGAUGAAUCGAAUUGCGGUGAUGAAACCACAAAAGAUCAAGGAUAUACUCCGCCGUCAUCCAAGAAUAAAGAUGACAAAGUUGACAAACAAAAUAUGAAUGAGCAUGGGCACAAUCCGUUGAUGAAAAGUAAUUUUAAUUUCAAAAUCGACGAGAUAUAA